AAAGGGUUUCUUCAUUUUUCUUAUUUUAUGUUGAAAUUUGUGAACAGAUGAAUAUGGCAAGUGAACUGCAGAUGUCAAGAAAUGGAAAUGAGAGCUGCUGCUAGCUCAACAAUCUUCUACUUCCCUUUUUUGUCCUUUUAAAAGUACCAACAUAUUUGGAUUUUUGAGUUGCUGAAAGUCUCAGGGAAGAACAAGUUUACCUUCUUCAGGUACUUCCUUCUUCAGCUUGUGAUGAGAUAAUCGCCUUUGAUCCUGAUGGCCAAAGAGUACAGUGGAUCACCAAAGCAUCAUCAUCGACUCGAAGCGAAGAGGAACCCCCUUACUUGGAUUCUAGGGGUUAGUUUCCUCUGCAUAUUGUUUUAUGUGUUGGGAGCUUGGCAGCGUUCUUCUAACCCCAACACUACUCAAUUUAGUGCAUACAAUAGAGGUGGCUGUGAUAGUCAUGUUACUACAUCCGACAACGGCAAUGCUGUAGUUGGUCAUCCAUCAUCAACCAACUUGGACUUUGCAAGCCAUCAUCAAGUUGUGCUAAACAGUUCUAAAACAGUCAGUCAGUUCCCAUCAUGUGAUAUGUUAUUCAGUGAGUACACUCCCUGUCAAGAUAAAGUGAGAGGAAGGAAAUUCGAUCGUAACAUGUUGAAAUACAGAGAGCGGCAUUGUCCCGCGAAGGAAGAACUUCUCCGUUGUCUUAUACCUGCUCCUCCACAAUAUAAGACCCCUUUCAAGUGGCCUCAGAGCCGAGAUUAUGCCUGGUACAGCAAUAUCCCCCACAGAGAACUCAGCAUUGAGAAGGCUAUUCAGAAUUGGAUUCAAUUAGAGGGUAAUCGUUUUAGAUUCCCUGGGGGAGGUACCAUGUUCCCUCGGGGAGCUGAUGCAUAUAUCGAUGAUAUUGGCCGGCUCAUUCCUCUUACUGAUGGAACUAUUAGAACAGCAAUUGAUACUGGCUGUGGGGUUGCAAGUUUUGGUGCUUACCUCUUGAAUAGGAAUAUCUUGACAAUGUCUUUUGCUCCAAGAGAUACGCACGAAGCACAGGUCCAGUUUGCGCUGGAACGUGGAGUUCCAGCAAUGAUUGGAAUUAUGGGGUCACAGAGGCUUCCAUACCCCGCUAGGGCUUUUGACUUGGCUCAUUGUUCUCGCUGCUUGAUCCCUUGGAAAAAAUAUGAUGGUUUGUACCUCGCUGAAGUGGACCGGAUUCUACGGCCUGGUGGUUAUUGGGUUCUUUCCGGUCCCCCUAUUCACUGGAAGAAGUUCUGGAGAGGCUGGGAAAGGACACGGGAGGACUUAAAACAAGAGCAAGAUGCUAUUGAAGAUGUUGCCAAAAGCCUAUGCUGGAAGAAAGUGAUUGAAAAGAAUGAUCUAUCGGUUUGGCAAAAACCCAUUAACCACGUUGAGUGCUUCAGAAGUAAGAAGGUCUUGAAAGCACCGCACAUGUGCGAGUCAGAUGAUCCAGACACAGCUUGGUACCGGAAUUUGGAAGCUUGUGUAAUUCCACUUCCUGAAGUAAGCAGCUCAGAUGAUGUUGCUGGUGGGGCAAUAGAAAAAUGGCCAGAGCGAGCAUACGCUGUUCCUCCUAGAAUUAGGAGUGGCUCAACACCAGGCGUCACAGCUGAGAGAUUCGUAGAGGAUAAUAAACUUUGGAAGGAAAGAGUAGCACAUUACAAACGAAUCAUUAGUCCACUUCCCACUGGACGAUAUCGGAAUAUUAUGGACAUGAAUGCUUACCUUGGGGGAUUUGCAGCAGCUAUGUUAAAUUAUCCAGUUUGGGUCAUGAAUGUGGUUCCUAUAAAUUCAAAUCAUGACACUUUGGGAGUUAUUUAUGAACGAGGCUUAAUUGGUACCUACCAGGACUGGUGUGAGGCAUUCUCAACAUAUCCAAGAACAUAUGAUCUCAUCCAUGCUAGUGGCUUGUUUACUUUAUACCAGAACAGGUGUGACAUCACUUACAUCUUGCUGGAGAUGGAUCGGAUUCUGAGGCCGGAAGGGACCGUUAUAUUUAGGGACACAGUGGAGCUGCUUGUGAAGAUCCAGAGUAUAACGGAUGGAAUGAGAUGGAAGAGUCAGAUAAUGGACCAUGAAAGCGGACCUUUCAAUCCAGAGAAAAUUCUUGUUGCUGUCAAAACAUACUGGACUGGUGAAGCAACUCAAAAACAGCUCUAACUGGGAUUUCAAUCAUCUCUCUUUUCUGCACUUCAUUUGUCACAAUUUUCCAUCUUGGGAACAGUCAAAAUCACUGAAGGGUAAAAGGGUGGGUUUGAUUAAAAUUAUUGAUGGUAUAAUUUCAUUGAUGCACUGUAAUACUAAGCAGAUUCUGUUUGUACUACAAAUCUAGCGGAUACUGUCAUUGUCUUAACUCUUGGUGAUAUAGUAUGAUUAGCUAAAUAGAUAUGUACACUGUCUGCAGUAAUUGAAAAGUAAGCUCUCUGUAGCCUGCCCCUACAGUUUUUGAAUUAAA